CGCGCGCCGGCGAGCUGACGUCAGCGAGCGAGCCCGGGUGGAGGUGACGGUUGGUGGCGGCGGUUUGAAUUGGUGGCUGAGCGGCCGCUCCUGGCAGUAUGAAGGUGGCGGUGUCGAAGGGCAGCAUCACCUCAGCCAUCAGGAAACACAGGCCGGGGCUGAGACUGAGCAGAGACAUCCACACCAUGAUACAUUUGAAUUGUCUCAUGUUCUUUCGUCGCCUGGCAAUAGAAGCUAGGGACAAAGCUGUUGAAUCAAAGUGUUCACUGAUUCAGCCGAACCAUGUAAUGCAAGUGGCAAAGACUGUCCUAAAGAAGAGCAGAGGCUAAACAGAAGAAAGAUGCAGCGCUGCAUUAUAAAGAACACUUUAAUGUCUGUUAUUAACUCAUUAUUAACUGAAUUAUUUGGUUAUGUUUAACAACAUCAGAUGAGAUACUCUUGUCAGUUUAAUGUAUGUUUAAAUUUCUUGUUUUUGAGAUAUUUCUUUGUUAUUUUCCUUUGAUCACAAUGGCUUAGAGAUAUCCAACACAACAAUGAGUAUUCUGUGUACUUAAUGUAAAGCAUUUGGGUUUUACCAGAAUAGUAGUUCUUGAUUUUAGUUUUCUUUAGGGCUUGUGGAACAUGAAGAAUUCAUAUUUCAGGCUGAUAAGAUCCCUGGAAGAACUAACUAUUCAAAUUCCUGUUUCUGUGGGGUAAUACAGUACUAAAAAUGAUUAAAGGGCAUGCAUUUGGAGUUUUGUUUUACUUGGCUGUAAAUAAAAUUUGCUGUAUGUACAA